UGAGUCAGAGGGGAAAAGCUAUGAAGGAGGAACAACGGAUUCGUUUCGCUGAGUUGGAGCGAUCCAGGGGAGAAGCGGAAGCUCUCCGUCAGGAAAAAGCAGCUAUUAAAGAUGAGGCUGAGGCAAUCGAAAAUGCAGCACUUAAAGUUUAUCGUGACCGAGAGGAGGAAGCGCGCCGUGCCAAGCAAGAAGCGGAUGCCAUGAGUAAUCGGGAUGAGGCAGAGGAAACUUUCCUUAAGUACGAUUCGAACCAGAACCAAGUUCUGGAGAUUGCUGAAUUACAAACACGAAUCGUGUUUGAUCGCAAUCGUGAUGGAUCCGUUACGGAGGAUGAAGCUCGAUUCUUUUUGGACGAUCACGAGCAGGUGGAUUUUGAAACAUUUGUCACCCUGUGCUGGCCAAAAAUUAAGCCGUUCCUGAUGUUGGACUCGGGUCUAUUCAAGCCUCCUAGUGAUGUGGAGGAACUGGAAAGAGGGACGGAGGAAGCCGAUUUACAUACCGAGCAGGACGAUGGUUAUGAUCUAGAUGGAAGCGAACCCACCCAGCAUUAUCAAGAGGAGGAGAUCGCUGAGAAUGAGCAGGAAGAAGAGGAAGAUGAUGAAGGGCUUGAAGAACAAGAGGUAGGUGAAGGGCAGGUCGAUACUGCUGAAGAGCCUAAAGAAGAGUAUGAUCCUGAAACGAAGGAACUAAUCCGUAUGGCCAAUGAUGCUAGAAACCAGUACACGGAAGCAGAUCGACAUGUUCGCGAGAUUGAACAGGAGAUGAAGAACAUUGAAGAUUUACUUAACAAGGAUUACGGUAAAGACGAAGAAUACGCUCCAUUGAACGGGGAAUGUCUGAAUUUGGAAGACAGAGAGUACGUCUACAAACUGUGUCCGUUUGAUAAAGCUAUUCAGCAGCCCAAGAACGGCGGACCUGAGACUAGAUUGGGUACCUGGGAGAAUUGGGCUAACGGUGAGUACACUGCGAUGAAGUAUACCAAUGGAGCUACCUGUUGGAAUGGACCGGCCCGAUCCGCCUUUGUUCACCUCGAGUGCGGGCUGGAUACGAGAAUUUUGUCCGUUUCGGAGCCGAACCGAUGCGAGUACGAGUAUCGUAUGCAGACACCGGCGGCCUGUUUCUUCAAGGAAGACGGCAACAAGGAGCACGAUGAGCUGUAAGAUCGAAUAAGUAAAACUUUUACACCUGAAUUGGUCAUCGCUUUCGUCAGUAAAACACCCAAAGUUAUCUAUCGUUCCGUCAGCCGAUGUGACUUUUACAUACGAGACGGAAUUAUCAUUUUUCAUCGAUCGUAAAAGGAUUAAAUUAGUAAGUACUAUUGGAUGAAGAGAAUGAAAUAGGAACGGCGGUUACGAACUCAGGAAAAAAAAUGUAAUGUGUGUAGGAAUAUGUUCUGAUUGAUUUUCGUUAAGCAUUCCUUCAUUUUAUUUAAUAGAACCAACGAAAAGUGUGACUAGGUUUUAUGUUGAAGCAGACGAAACUGUAGUGUCCAAUGUGAUGUCAAUCUUUAGAAGCAGACAAAGAAAUAAACGAAUUAGCAGCGUCUUAAGAA